AUGUACAUAUCUGCCUUGGACGACUCUGGUAAUAUGGAUGACCCGGAAGAGGUGACUACAUAUAUCAAUGGAGAUUCAAAAGUCGACGAGCUUCCUGCAUCAGACGACAAAUCAUAUUCCAGUACUGGUUUUACCAUUAAAUAUCCCUCAUCAAAGUGUUCUACUCACAGUCAUUUAUGUCUUAAGAUUGUAAAGAAUGGAGUAUAUACUGAUAAUGAUCCAACAAAUGACUUUGUAUGUUUACCAUUCAUUAAAGGAGUAUCUACAGCGGCUGUAGGAUUGACCAACUGCCAAUCAGACGUUAUUCCAACAUCUAUUAGUGUAUCUGACCCAAAUCCGACAAAUUUCAGCUCAAAUGAACCUGUCAACGCUACAUUCAUUAUAGUUCUGCAAAAUGCUGGUGGAACGAAAGUGCCUGGAUCAACACCAACCUCGGAUAACAUCGCAUUUUCUUCGAUCUUUAUUGCAAAUGCAGCGAGUGAGUCUGCAUCAAUAAAGAGCGACCUCACCGACUCGUUAGUGUACACAUGGUAUGACGUCAGUCGUAGUAUAGAUGAAUGGGGAGAAGUGACGUAUGAUAAUUUGAAAGUGACAAUAGCCAUCCCGGAAGUGAAUUGUAAGGAAUAUCAGUAUUUGUGUAUUCGAUUUGUAAAGG